AAUUGAAUUCGGAUCAGGUGGAAAGUCAGCUGAUUCCCCCACAAACAGGAAGGGAAAGUCACAGUUCAACAAAGUUGUCAUGUUAAACAAGCUAACUCAUUUGUGCAUACGUUUGAUUUAAUAAGAAAAGGUUUCAAACUCAGAAGAUGUUCGGCGGGGACGAUGAAGACGGAGACUUCUUGUCUCCCACAGGAGGGGCCAAGUUGGCCUCUCUGUUUGGACUAGACCAGGAAGCCAGUCAGGGGAAUGAGUCGUUCCAGUACACGGCACCGAAACAGCCCAGAAAGAGCUCCAAUUCGGCAACUGCCACACAGAAAGCAGCUCCGCCCCCUGGAGCGCCUGCAGUUUUAUUUGCUACAGCAGUCCAAGCCUUCAGAUAUCUGAAUGGACAGUAUGUGAAGCAGGGCAAGCUGGGAGCAGCCGUACUGGGCAACCACACAACAAAAGAGUACAAGCUGCUUCUGUACUUGAGCCAGCAGAAACAAGUGACCACAGCCAAGAUUCACGUGGGCUUUGUUUUCACGGUACAGCCAAACAAUUACUGCACUUUUUAUGAUGACCCGAGGCAGAACUGGUCCCUGAUGUUUGAAUCGGAGAAAGCUUCAUCAGACUUCUGCAAAGAGGUGUGUUUGGCGAAAGCGAACAGUGCAGCCUCCUUAGAUGCUGUGGUGAUCCAGGAUCUGACUCUUGGUGAGGGCCAGAGGGUGGAGAAUGGAGACUCUUUGGAGGUGGUGUAUACAGGCUGGCUCCUGCAGAACCACACUAUCGGACAGAUGUUUGACUCCAACCAGAACAAGGACAAGUUGCUACGACUGAAAGUUGGUACUGGAAAAGUGAUCAAAGGUUGGGAGGAAGGAAUGCUGGGGAUGAAGAAGGCUGGCCGUCGUCUCAUUGUCAUCCCACCCAACCUAGCUUACGGAUCCAAGGGAGUUCCCAACCGUGUCCCGGCUAACAGCACUCUUAUUUUUGAAGCAGAGCUUCGACGGGUUAAGUUUUCCAAGGACAGUGGGUCUGAUCGGGCCAGUGCCAGCUCCAGAGACUCCGCUGCUCCCUCACCUGCUCCUUCCCCAGCUCCCAGCGUGGAGAAUCUGGCCCCAGAGCCCACAGUACAGACGGCCACCUCAGGUCCAGGCAGACCAGGGGAGCCACCACUUCGUGCAAAGUCAAACUCGCUGAGUGAACAGCUGGCAAAUCCAGAUGCCACAAAAGCCAAACUUAUCUCUCGCAUGGCAAAGAUGGGCCAGCCCAUGUUGCCCUUUCUGACGGGAGUGGCCAGCCAGCCCGAAUCCAGUGACUCUGAGCUUGAGGACACCAGUGGCAGUAGAGUGAAGGAUCAUGCUGCGGCUCCAUCUCCAGUGCAGAUUUCAGCUGCUCCUCCAGCUUCAGCACACAUACAUCCUCAUCCUCUCACUGCGCCACCUUCUGCCUUACUUCCUGUUAUGAGCACUGUUGCCACACAGCCUGGUCUACCAGGCAGCAGCCAUGCCUUUCAGCCUUACACCUACGCUCAGACCUCUGUCCCUCCAUCUCAUCUGGAGCCUGUUGGCCAGGUCUACCCUGCACAAACUGUCCCAUAUGUGGGCUCCAGUGAUGUGACUUCCUUCUUGAUGACUGAAGCCCGACAACACAACACAGAGAUCCGAUUAGCUGUUGGAAAAGUAGCAGAUAAAGUGGAUCAACUGUCCUCAAAGAUAGAUCACCUGCAAAGGCAGGGAAAUCUUUCCAUGGGUGUGUCUAGUAUGUCAAUGGAAACCACCAUGAUCAUGCACAACAUUCAAAGAAUUAUUCAGGAAAAUGAAUGUUUAAAAAAGGAAGUCUUUGAGAAAAGCUCUCGCAUUGAGGAGCAAAACCGUAAGAUCGGGGAGCUCAUCAACCAAAACCAGAGGUACAUGGAGCAGAGUAACCUGCUGCUGGAACAGAGGAAUGACUCGCUUAAGUCAACCAGUGAGCAGAAUCAGGCCAGACUACUGCAGGCCGAGCAGGACAAGGUUCGUCUGACAGAGGAUCUGGCUUCGUCCACGGCCCGGCUGUCUCAGCUACAGCUAGAAGCUUCAGCUCACCAGCAGAAGGCCAUUGAGCUGCAGAGUAAACUGAGCUCAGCGCUACAGGACAGUGAGAGCAGCAGCCAACGCAUUGCUACCCUGGAAACACAGCUUGAAAAGCUGGCGGAGGCAGCAGAGAGGGCCCAGACUCAGUACCGCUCAGAAAAGCAAAGACGCAAAGAGAUGGAGCUGAGAGUCACCAACAUGGAGGAGGAACUGCAGGACCUGAAGACUGAUAAAGACAGCCUAGAACGCACACUUUUGGAAAGGAAGAAGAAGUGGCAGACUGAACGUCAGUGUCGUGAUGAGGAGGUGGAGGAGCUCCGCAAGAACAGCCAGCAGGAGCUGGACAAGCUCCGAGCUCAACUUCGCAAGGCCAGGACCAGCACUGACAACGCUGCAUCUGAACAGUUGUCUCAGCUGCAGGCAGAGCUGGAGGAGGAGUGGAAGGGGAAAUGUGAUCAGAUGUUUGCCUCUGCUAAAGAGCAGCACAGAAGAGAGCUGGCUGAACUGACAGAGCAGAGAGAUGCUCUGCAAGACAAGCUAACCCCGCUACAGGAAAAAUACACAGCCUUGGAGCAGCGAGAAGUAACUGUAAGGGAGAAACUGGAAAGAAGGGUGGCUGAACUAGAGAAGAAACCAUCGCAGCAGGAGAGUUCAGGAGACACUGCAGCAGAGGUGAAGCGUGUGAUGAACGGAGUGUUUCAUUCUCUGCGAGGGGAGUUUGACCUCAGUGAAUCUUACAGUGGCCAGGCUGUGCUGGGAGUGAUUGUCAGUACCAUUAAGAAUGUUACCCUGCAGCUGCUCAGUGGCACAGACAGAUCUUCACUGAGUCGGGUUAAGGAGGAAGAGGAAGAGGAAGAAGAGGAAGAUGAUAGUGAUGAUUUGAAACAAAGAGAAGAGGGACCUCAUCAGAAUGAACAUGUGAAUGGAGAGAGAGACGUCAAAGAGGAUGAAACGGAGGAAAAACAACAUUCAACUGAAUCGGAUUCUCACCAUGUCAGUGAGACUCAAGUGGACCAGGAAGUGGCAGCAGAGAAGGAGACAGAGACAGCAACUGAGGUAAAGGUACAAAGCCAGGCAGAAGCACUAGAGACCACUGGUCCAAAUCCAUUGUCAUCCCCAGAACCGAAACCACAAGAGACAGCAGCAACAGAGUCUGAAGCACAGCAGGAGCAGCCAGAACACUCUACAGAGCUGAACACUGAAACCUCUAUAGAGGAAAAAGACAGCAACAAGUAUGCAGAUCGAGAUGAUGAACCUGAAGAGAGUUCACCACUUGAGGAUGGACAGGAAACUGUGUCAGAAAGAAAUGCUGCAGCGAGCAGUCAGGUAGACAAGGAGAGUGUGAAUGAUGGAGAGCAUAUUGGAGAAAUGAAUGCUGCUUCUCCGAAAGCAUUUGGACCCCCAGUCGACCCACCUCCACCACCGAAUGCACUUCAGAACAGCUCAGGAGAGGACAAAAGUCUCACUGGGGGAAUGGGUAAGGAAAAUGGAGAGGAGCCAUUUUUCCAGAUCACAAUUCCCGCCAAACCCCCCGCAGCACCCGGCGAGGAGGAGGAGGAGGAUGAGCUGAGCUUGAAGGGGCGUCCCCCCCCUGCCCCUCUGUUUGGUGAUGAUGAGGAUGAUGAUGAUCUGGACUGGCUGAACUGAGAUGGAACCAGAAUAAUACAAGUCAAGUCUGAUUUUAGUAUUUUCAACUCUAAAACCAGGCGCGGCGUUCUCUACCAGCUGAUUCUGCCUGGUGGAGCAGUGAAGAUGAGGAGAGAGGCUUCUGCUGUUGAACUUGAUGGAGAAGUCAGAUAGCCUGGCUCUUCAGCUCUGUGUUGUCCUGCUGACUGACAGCAGACCUAGCUAAGAGGACAAAGCUACAAUUUCAGGCUCCUAUUUGGGUUCCAAUAACAAGCCUGUAAUUCACAGACAUAUCAAACAAAUACUUUUAAUUAAUUAUGUGAUACCUGUUGGUGAUGUAAUUGAAUUCAAAUUUUUACAUGUCACUGUAGCAGAUGAGUUUGUUGAAUCAACAGUAAUCCUGUUGUCAGUGGUUUCAGACUGUACCAUUACAUGUUUUAAUUAUUAGCUUGCUGCUUUAAGAAUAGAACUUUUACACAAUUUUGCUAACCUGAAAUUCAUUACAGAAAAUAAAUCACAUGGAAAAUGGG